CAACCAUUGUCCGAUUUGGUAUUGCUGGGGACCUGAGCGUCGCCUGUCUCUGUCGACUACCACCAUCAUGGCCACUCGGAAAGCUACACAUGCAGGAUCAUGGUAUAUCUCAGAGGCGCAGAGGCUUGAUCGCGAAUUAUCUGGUUUUUUGGAAGCAGUCAAACCUUCUGAGGACUUCCAGCCUCCUAUAAAGGCCUGCAAGGCCAUAAUAGCACCACACGCUGGCUAUUCGUACGCAGGACCUACUGCUGCAUGGGCAUACAAGAGCAUAGACCCCACUGGAAUUAAGAGGGUAUUCAUCUUGGGUCCCUCUCACCAUGUAUAUCUCGAUGGAUGUGCUCUAUCUCAAUGUGUUGAAUAUGCUACUCCGAUAGGCAAUCUUCCCAUAGACGUGGAUGUUGUACAACAGUUGCGAAAUACGGGGAAGUUCAGUGAUAUGAGCAUUGAGACGGACGAGGAUGAACAUAGUAUCGAGUUGCAUUUGCCGUAUAUACGGAAGGUCUUUGAUGGGCAAGACAUAAAGAUAGUUCCUAUCCUGGUUGGUGCUGUCAAUAAGGAGAAAGAGGACGCCGUCGGCGCAAUCCUCGGCCCAUACCUUGUUGAGGCAGACACCUUAUUUGUUAUUUCCAGCGAUUUCUGUCACUGGGGUACAAGGUUCCAGUACACAUUCUAUUAUCCGGUACCUCCUCCGAGCUCGAAACCUCCAAUUCGCUUGUCGCGUGCGGAGCGAAGCCCUCCUUCACUAGCCCAGCAUCCCAUUCACGCAUCCAUAUCUGCUUUGGACCACGAAGCUAUGGAGAUCCUUACCAUGCCUCCUUCGAAUGGAUCCAUUGCUCAUCACGAGUUCAGUGAUUAUCUGGCCCGGACAAAGAACACGAUCUGUGGGAGACACCCCAUUGGUGUGCUCCUUGGAGCGAUAGCUGCGUUGGAGAAAGAGGGAAGAGACGCGAAGCUGCAGUGGGUCCGAUAUGAACAGAGUAGUAAAUGCACGACGAUUAACGACUCAAGUGUGAGUUAUGCAAGCGCAUAUAUAACCUUGUAGAAUUGGGUAUCCAGAAUAUCCUAAAUGCCAUGUACAAUGCAAUCAGCUAGUGUAUUCUAUAUGUAGAUCCUCUGGAAACCUCAAUGAAGAAAUUCCCGCUUCACAUACGCGAACUCAAUCCGCUCACUUGACAGCCCACGGGCUCGUCGACUUCAUGCUCAGAGCCAGGCUGUCCAGGAUCCGCUAUCACCUAAAGUAGGAAGGAGAGUAGUUAUAAGUCUCAUAUAACAAGCUACCGCGGAUGACCAAAAGAACUGGCCUUUCCAUCAGCGAUG